AUCAAAAUGUCUGAUUUCUCCAAUGCGGCAGCAGCGGAACCCAUUAUGGACUCCGCUACUUCGGAGAGUUCUGUUCUAGACUUGGGCAACCUUUCAGAUCAGAAACCAGUAUCCCAGUUACAAAAUAUGGAUGAAAUCGAUUUUGAAAAGGAGCUAAUGGCGAUUCGUGCUUCAGAAGACGACGCCGAAAUUGACGCUGAUGUCGUGUCGGACAUCCCGACUAAAACAACCUCGGAACAAUCGAAACCUACUACUGGUCAGUCGGAUCCGAAUGCAAGUUCGUUUGACUCGACCGGAAACAAUGCGCUUGAAGACGAUGACUUUCAUAAGUUGCUUCAAGAGUCAGAUAAUAACGACGAGGAUUUCCUGAAUCCCUCAUCUUCCAGACAUAAGAGUUCGGCUUCAAAAACGAGUAUUGCAAUUAUGAACAACGAUGACAACAGUAUCGGGCCUGAUGUUUCUAUGCCUCCCGACGGCAUUUUGGAAAACGAGGAUGGAAGUUUUAGUUGUUACGUCAUUGUACCAGGAGGCAAAGCCGGCAUGGUAAUCGGCACAGCGGGCAGUACAGUUAAGCAAAUGAUGGCGGAAAGUAAGACGAAAAUGAACCUAGUGCAGGACUCUGCUCAAAAUACAGGUGCGGAUAAACCCCUUCGCAUAGUGGGAGAGCGGGAGUGUGUUUUAAAAGCAAAAGAAAUGGUGCUGCAUUUAAUUAACGAGGGCGGUGCUCCUUCUUUUGUUGAUUUACAUGUUCCUAAGUUUGCCGUCGGUAUGAUUAUCGGCAAUAGAGGUGCUACUAUUAACAAACUGCAAGACGAGUAUGGCGUCCGUAUCCAGAUCAAACCGGACCAGAAUCCGGAGGGCACAUACAGGGUGUGUCAGAUCCUAGGAGAGGCGAACAAGUAUCAGAAUGCGGCCCAGAAAGUGCUGGAUUUGGUAGCUGCAGUGGAAGCCAAAGAUAAAGCGAGGGGAUCUGGGGGUUCUAAGAGUUCCUCGGGAGGAGACGCGGGGAAAAGUGAUACCAGUGGAGCGAAGACGUACAAGCAUGAAGUACACAUGACUGUUCAUGAGAAAGCAGUGGGACGAAUCAUCGGCAGAGGGGGUGCGAAUAUCAAACGAAUGAUGCAAGAAAGCGGUGCCAAAAUUGAGAUGGAUAAGAACAACGUCAACUCCAAAAAUGGAAGAGUUGUCUUCAUUCUAUCAUCGACUUCUAUGCAGUCAAUCGAAGAAGCACAAGACCUCGUAAACGAAGCUGCGAAGAAACCGGACAGUGUCGGGACUCCAAACAGGGACUCGAAUUCGAACUACUACGGAGGCAUUGGAUCGUCUUCCGGGGGAUCAGCGAAGGAUAGACUCGGUUCGAGGGAUCAUUCGAGUAACCGAUCUUUCAGCCGAGGGUACGAUAGCAGAGACGAUAGUCGAAACAGUCGUCACAGCAACAGCAGUAACAGUAGUUUCAAUAGCAGUUUCAAUGACCGCAAACGCAACCCAAGUAAUCGAAGUCGCAGUCCAGAUAUUGAUGAGAGCUGUCGGACGAAGGUGAUCAAAACUGAAGUUUUUGGAGGCAAUCAGAUGAAUAUGAAUCAUAACCAGCAGCAGCAGAUGCAGACCCAGGCGCCAAUGAUGCCGAUGGGCAUGAUGCCUAUGCCUAAUCAAAUGCCCCCAAAUAAUUUUAUGCCCCCAAUGAUGCCUCAGAUGAUGGCUCCUCCAAUGAUGCAGCAAUCCGUUCCUAGACCAGCAAUGCCUCCUGGGUUUCCGCCGAUGAUGGCGCCGCCAGGAAUGCCUGGUAUGCCACCAUUCCCACUUCCAGGAAUGCCACAAAGUAGCAACACUCCUGUGACUCCUAUGAUGCAACCGCCUCCGGUUAGUAUGCCAAUGGGCAUGCCUCCUAUGCCCCAGAUGCCAUCACAGCCGGUGACUCCAGCUGCUCCGGUCAACAACACUCCGUCGAUGCCCGCCUGGCCUGGGUUCCCUCCGAUGCCGACAGCGUCUAACGCUUCUAACAGUGCUCCAAGCACUAAUACUAGCAGCAUGCCCAGUGGAAAUAUGUUUGAAAUGUGGAUGCAGUACGCUUCAAAGAUGGCGGGAAAUAAUCAAGGAUCCAGUUCGACUCAGACACAGGCGCCGAGUAACAUGCCGCCACCAAUUGUUCCAAGUGCUCCGGUAAACAAGCCGAGCAACAGUGGCAGUUCCAGUAGUGCUUCGAGUGGCGGAAGCAGUAGCAAUAGCAGUCAGGACGCUUGGCUGAAAUGUUAUAAAAUUUUUAUGGAUACUAUGCAGGAUAAAAGUGCAAACAACCCGGCUCCAGUCAAGAAAGAGCCAGAGGUUAAAAAAGAACCGGUACCUGAGCCGAAGAAAGAUUAUACCAAAGAAUGGCAAGAGUAUAUGGCUAAAUUGUACGCAGCUGGAGGCGCCGGCUCGCAAAUGGAAGCUUGGAAAAAAUGGACCGAAAAGUACCAGGAGUACCUGAAGACUCAUACUGGAGGAAGUCGAUGAAGUCU